CGUGAUGUGAGUGUGGCCGGUGCUGUCCCCCAAGAUGGCGGCGUGUGGUCCGUGAGCGGCGGCGGUGCUGGCGCUGAGCGGCGAAGCGAAGGCCUGGCUGUUGGGGAAGGCCCCGCGCCGCUCGCCGCCAAACGUGUCCCUUCCCCCCCCCCGGGGCCCUAGGAUGGUAAAAUGACCCAGGGGGGGAAGAAGAAGAAACGGGCCGUGAACCGCAGCAUCAUGCUGGCCAAGAAGAUCAUCAUUAAGGACGGCGGCACGUGUGUGCAUCGCCAUCAUGGGAUCCUUUGGUCUUUGUUCUGUCUUCUUCGGCUUCCAUAUUCUGAAAAAGAAUAGGUGGCCUCAAGGAAUAGGUUCGCCUAGUGUCUACCAUGCUGUCAUAGUGAUUUUUUUGGAGUUUUUUGCUUGGGGACUUUUGACAGCACCUACUUUGGUGGUGUUACAUGAAACCUUCCCAAAGCAUACAUUUCUAAUGAAUGGCCUAAUCCAAGGAGUAAAGGGCUUGUUAUCGUUUCUCAGUGCCCCCCUCAUAGGUGCGCUCUCUGAUGUUUGGGGACGAAAGUCCUUCUUACUCUUAACAGUAUUUUUCACUUGUGCACCAAUUCCAUUAAUGAAGAUCAGCCCAUGGUGGUAUUUCGCUGUUAUCUCUGUUUCUGGGGUUUUUGCAGUGACUUUCUCAGUGGUGUUUGCUUAUGUAGCAGAUAUAACCCAAGAACAUGAAAGAAGCAUGGCCUAUGGGCUGGUUUCAGCCACUUUUGCAGCAAGUUUAGUUACCAGCCCAGCUAUUGGUGCCUACCUUGGUCGAGUCUAUGGAAACAGCUUGGUAGUGGUCCUAGCUACAGCUAUAGCUUUGUUGGAUAUUUGUUUUAUUCUUGUUGCUGUACCGGAAUCACUGCCCGAGAAGAUGAGGCCAGCAUCAUGGGGAGCACCCAUUUCUUGGGAACAGGCUGAUCCCUUUGCAUCACUAAAGAAAGUGGGUCAAGAUUCCAUAGUGCUGCUAAUCUGCAUAACGGUCUUUCUUUCCUACCUCCCGGAGGCAGGUCAAUAUUCCAGCUUCUUCCUAUACCUCAGACAGAUGAUGGGAUUUUCACCUGAAAGUGUUGCAGCUUUUAUAGCAGUUCUUGGGAUUCUCUCCAUUAUUGCACAGACAGUAGUUUUGAGUUUACUUAUGCGGUCCAUUGGAAAUAAAAACACCAUCUUACUGGGUCUGGGAUUUCAAAUAUUACAGCUUGCAUGGUAUGGUUUUGGCUCGGAGCCUUGGAUGAUGUGGGCAGCAGGGGCUGUGGCAGCAAUGUCUAGUAUUACGUUCCCAGCAGUAAGUGCACUAGUUUCACGAACUGCUGAUGCUGAUCAACAGGGAGUUGUUCAAGGGAUGAUAACAGGAAUUCGAGGAUUGUGUAAUGGUUUGGGACCAGCACUUUAUGGUUUUAUAUUCUACAUAUUCCAUGUAGAAUUGAAUGAACUCCCAAUGACUGAAACUGAAUUGGGAGGUAACGUGGCCACACAACACCAUUCAGAACAGAACUCCAUAAUUCCUGGACCCCCUUUCUUGUUUGGAGCAUGCUCUGUGCUGCUGGCUUUGCUUGUUGCCUUGUUUAUUCCUGAACACGCCAAUCUAAAUGCACGGUCCAGCAAUUGGAAAAAACACAGUGGCAGUCAUGGUCAUCCACACAGUCCACAGGCCCCUGGCGAGGCCAAAGAACCUUUAUUGCAAGACACAAAUGUAUGACGACAGAAUCCAGAAAAACGUUUUUGUAUUUCAUAGGUCUUGUUUCCAGUUCUGGAUACACAUUCCAUUUACAUAAAAAAUGUAAUUUCUUAACAUUAUCUUAAGAAAUGUAUCUUUCUGCAUGAAAUUUGUAGGAACUACAGACAGGAACUGGAAAUUUCUCCAAAGAUGUUACAAUUAAAUUAACUUUUUAAAAAGAACAAACUAAGCACUGGUCUCAUACUAUUAAUAUAAUUAACCUUUUCAUCCUAGUUCUGAGACAAAAAGGAAAACAUAUUCAAGGUAUCAGCAUGUGUCCCUGUGUCCAUUUCCUUAAGGUGUAAAGCUUUAAUUCUCUUCAUGCUAAGUCUCAAUGAGACAUACUAGCAUAUUUGUGGACCCAUUCAUUUUAUGUUGUAAAAUUUUGGGUCAGAUAGUACAAAGCCUUAAUGUAAAUGCACUCAAGUAAGGAAAAGGUGAAUUGGUUUCAUUUUAAAAUCACUGUAUGGGAGGUUUUAUUUUAAGUUUAUACUAAUACAAAAUCACGUGGUGAGCACACUUGCUAAACAGUAAAAGUUGUGUGUAAGUGCAUUACUUUAAUUCUUCCUAAUUUUUGGAGUACAAGAUAGUAUCAAACAGUUAGUAUUUAAAUUAGUGGGUCUUUUGCGCCUACAAGAUUUUAAUAUUGGCUCUAAAACUCUGCUUUCUCAAAUACAGUUUAUACCACUAUUUCUGAUGUUUGCGUAAUCAGAAGGACCUCAAAACUUGAAUACACAAACUGAAAUAUAAGCUGAUAGCCUUGAAAAUGUCAGUGUGCUAUAUAGUGGCCUUUCAAGACUGGCUAGUAACUUUUUACUUUUACAGAGCUAAUGUUUUAGUCCUAAAUUUUCAGGACCCUAGUACAGGGGAGAGAGCUUUAUACAGUUACUGAUGUGAAUUUCUCUAAAAAUGUAUAUUUUUGUGUCCAGUUGUAUUAUUUAAACAAGUAUUCCUUUGUAUAAAUUGUGUAUAAGGUAUAGUUUAAAAUGUUUUCAUCUUGUGGUUACUGCUUACUGGUUUUUUAACUUUGAACAUUCAUCAUGGUUGACUGAGAGCUGGAAAAUGUGUAAAUAUAUUGUUAAUAAAUGAAUAUUUUAAUGAA